AGCGUUGGCGCCUUGACACUGGUCACAAACGGAAUUUCACCGAGCCUCCGCCGUCACAGACAGAUCCAGGAUGAGUUCGACAUGUCUGGUCCUCCAGCAGUCCUCCUUCGUCGCGCCGCGGUUCUCCCGUCCGCUGAUAGUGAGCAGCAACCCGGGCACGAGUAGCUGCACCCUCUGGAGACCAUGGUUGUCCAGCGACAGUCGAAAUAAAGCAGGAGAAUCUUCCCGCAGCAAAGUGCCCUCUCCAUACUCCAGACCAACAGUUCCAGGUUGCUUCUCAUCCGAUGGCAAACCUCAGAGCUUCCAGCACCCUGUCAAACUCUUCUGGCCAAAAUCCAAGUCCUUCGACUAUCUGUACAGCGACGGCGAGAUGUUGUUGAGAAACUUCCCGGUUCAGGCCACCAUCAGCUUUUAUGAGGAAUCAGACAGUGAGGAUGAGGAUGAGGAGGAGGAAGACUGGGAGGAGACAUGUAACGCUGAGGAGUGCAACAAGCAGAAGACAUGUUUCACCUCCUACAACUGAAGAUGGAGAAACAACAAACAUCUACACUUCAUAAGUGUGACCACCAUCUUCUCCCACAUUGGGGGGGUUGAGUCAGGGUCUGAAGGUUGUACCACAACUUUACUCUAGUACGGCUGCCAUCCGAAAACUUCUUUCAGAUUUCUAAAUCACCAAAAUCAGAAAAAGUGAUUUUAAGUAUAUAUAUUUCUAGAAAA